AUGCCCAUGCCAUCAGCAAGUGUUCCCAAACCCCGGAAACCGCGUCCGUCGCGCGCCCGAGGCUUGCGGGCGACAACAGGCUGUCUCACAUGCCGUAAAAGAAGAGUCAAAUGCGAUGAGCUGAGGCCUCGAUGCGCAACAUGCGCGAAAUCUGACAGGGAAUGCUUGUACGCACCGGCUAUCGACUGUUCAGGGAAACCUACCCCUAAUGGAUCGAGUUCUGCAAAUACGUCGACGCCGCCGACACAGGGUGAUGCCUUGGUUACUUCGUCAUCUCCGGCUGUGGCCGCGAAAUCCGUCUCAGCAGAUAACGAGCAUCGCAUCUUCAUCAACUCGCCUGAACUGCUGUUCGAUUCACCAUUGACCAAUGUAGCCUCCGUUCCAUCUCCACAUUCGGUACCUGAAUGGUAUGAUCUACUCGCUGAGGACGCGAUCAACAACAUCGACAAAUACAAUCUUCAUCUAGAUCUUGAUCGAACACGUCUUUCGAGAAGACAGAGUCCUGUGCCAGAUGCAGGCAACAUAGACCCUCAACUGCAGGUACCAAAACCAGACCAGGAAGCAGAAAUCUCAACGCAAGAACAGUGGAAUUGUCCGGACAACAUACCUCUAACUGACGAUGAGCUCGUGCUGUUUCAUCACUAUGUCAGCGUAAUCGGACCCAUAUUGGACCUCUACGACACUUCAAGACAAUUAACAACCACCCUUCCUGGUUUAGCAGUACAUAAUGUCGGCGUCUUGAAGUCUUUACUCGCUGUAGCAGCACGACAUAUGGCGCUUAUCAAUGAGCCGCAACUACACCAACUCAAUCUGAGUGAGCAUUCCGUGGAAUCUGACAGGAGCGACCAGCACAACUUCCCGAACUCAGUACUCCAAGUGGCGACGCAGUACUACUACGAGACGCUGCAUUAUCUUUCACAAAAUCUCUUGUACCCAUCAUACUCCAAAUCACGAGAGAUCGUUGCGACAGCCCUCCUUAUUAGCACAUAUGAGAUGUUCGACGCAUCAGGACAGUACAGUAAUGGAGCGUGGGAGAGACAUCUUAGAGGGAUCUUCUGGAUACAGAGGUCACAAAAUAAUAAUGGAGAAUGCAGCGACCCUCUCCGAAGGGCUAUCUGGUGGGGUUGGAUACGUCAAGAUAUAUGGGUAGCCUUCCGUGAAAGCCGGCGAGUACUGACAAUCUGGAAACCUACCAAGCGAAUAGCGGACCUCAGUCCAGAUGAACUAUGCUUGAGGAUUAUGUACAUUUGCGGCAGAUGCGUCGAUUUCGCUGCAAAUGAGAAGAAGGACGGCAUCAUCACGCGCAUCGACCACGGUGGGAGGUUGAUGCAAGCACUCAAGGACUGGCAUCAUGCACUUCCACCUUCAUUUCAGCCCAUCUAUAAAGUAUCACAGCCGGAACCGGGCAAUCUCUUCGCACCCAUUUGGAUUCAUCCCCCGUCUUACGCUGCCGCCAUCCAAACUUUUCACUUCGCUCGAAUCAUCGUUCUCAUCAACCAGCCUUCAAUGGGAGGCAUGGACGACUUUCGGCUUCGACAGCGCUUUUUGGACGACAGUGUUGAGACUGUGUGCGGUAUUGCCAUGAUGCAUCACGGCAAAGACCAUCAAGGUGCAUUCGCGGACUUCAAAGCGCUUUACGCAGCUGGCCUCUGUGUGCAAAAUCCUGCCAAGCAAACGGCUAUUUUGCACCUCUUAGAGAAGACACUGGACAUAACCAAGUUCCCACCAAAGACACUGUUGAACGACCUUGCCAAUUAUUGGCGAGCCGGAAAAUGA